UUUAUGCAUUGCUGUUUCCCUUAUCUUCUUCAAUGGCAUCAGCUGACAGGUCUUUCGCAUCUCUCAACGCUAUAUCGCUGAGAAAUGAAGCUUUUGCUUCUGAAUUACCGUGCAUUCUUGUCCACUCCAGUGGCUCUGACUUCAGUAAGAAGGGCCUUUUCUGCUGCUGCUGCUCCUUUUUCUGCUUCCAAAUGGGAAGGUGGGGUAGCGAUGGUGCAAGGAGCUUCUAGAGGAAUUGGCCUUGAAUUUGUUAAACAACUUUUGGAAAAGAAUGAGAAAGGGCAUGUUAUUGCCACUUGUCGCAAUCCUAAUGGAGCAAUGGGACUUCUUGAUUUGAAAAACAAGUUCCCUGAACGCCUUGACAUUUUACAGUUGGACUUGACCAUUGAAAGUUCCAUAGAGGCAACUACAAUGUCCAUAAGGGAAAAAUAUGGCUCUUUGAACCUUCUCAUUAAUGCCUCAGGCAUCCUUUCAAUACCAAAUGUGUUGCAACCAGAAACCACCUUGAACAAAGUAGAGAAAUCAUCAUUAAUGCUUGCCUAUGAGGUCAAUGCUGUGGGUCCAAUUCUAAUAAUCAGGCACAUGUGGCCUCUUUUGAAAGCUGGAGGAGGCUCAGGGACUCAGAGGGAUGUUGCAGUAGUGGCCAAUUUAAGUGCAAGGGUGGGAUCCAUUGGAGAUAAUCGCCUAGGAGGUUGGCACUCUUAUCGCUCUUCAAAGGCUGCCUUAAAUCAGUUGACAAAGACGGUGUCUGUGGAAUUUGCACGAAAGAAAGAUCCAAUAAUAUGCAUUCUUCUGCACCCAGGCACAGUGGACACUGACCUCUCUAGGCCAUUUCAGAGAAACGUUCCUGAAGGCAAGCUUUUCACCAAAGAAUUCUCGGUACAAAAACUCUUAAACAUUAUCAACAAUGCCAAGAGUCAUGACAAUGGCAAGUUCUUUGCAUGGGAUGGCCAGGAAAUUCCAUGGUAAAAUUGAUCAUACCUCCUUCAAAUUUCUGUUUUUGUUACCCAAUUACGUAUCAACUCAUACAGCUGAUCGUAGUUGCUGUGAAAAGCUAAUUGCACGGCCACUGGUCUCUGUCAUAAUUUUUUCAAAUGCAAUUUCCUUUUGCGUUGUAUUUGUAUAUUCACUCUCUCAAAAACCCUAUUCAGUCAGCUCCGAAAACAUUAUACAUUUUAUUUCUU